ACAGUGCAAGAGGUGCAGCGCGCGCCAACACUAGCACUUGCAAGCAAGAAGGAGGUUCAAGAAGAACCUCCCAAAGUUAUGUUGAAGGCGGAGGACCUCCAUGUCGGAAAGGUGCUGGGCUCUGGCGGCUUUGGGGCCGUCUACCGGGGCACCUACCGUGGCCAGGAG